AUGGGAAUUACCAGUACUCUUACUCACCGCCUUCUCACUUUAUCUCGCCCUGGCUUGAUACUCAAUCGCGGUCUCAAUGCGUGUAUCAUCCCCGUCUUCACCGUCACCAGCCGCUCUCUAGCCUCUGCAGCCGCUGCAAAGAAGCCCACCACAAAAACCGCAGCUGCCGCUACACCUAAGACCGCUCCAAAAUCAUCCGCGGGAGGAAGAACCAAAGCAACUGCCACCACCAAAGCUGCUGGUAAAACAGGAUCAACUACUAAAAAGUCCACAACACCCAAGGCAGCCGCGAAAAAACCAGUCAAGAAAGUUGCGAAGAAGGAGCUCACAGAUGAGCAGAAGAAGAAGAUCUUGAUCAAGCAGCUGAGGGCGAAGGCACUAAAUCCCCCGUCCAAGGUUGGUAGCAAUGGAUAUGCUCUGUGGUUUGGGGAACAGAUGAAGGAGAAGAGGAGGCCAGCUGGCGAGCUCGCGAUGAUAUGGAACGGAAUGUCGCAGGACGUGAAAACUCCCUACAUCAAAAAAGCUGAAGAAGCAAGGCCUGGAAAGGCCGAGGAAUACAAGAAGUGGCUCCAGGGCAUAUCACCCUUGGUUAUCCGCGAGGCCAACAAUGCACGUCGUCGUCUCAAAGAACUUGGCGUCGGUUCAAAUAUUACCCAAAUUUCAGAUGACAGACUUCCAAAAAGAAUUACAAGACCGCACUUCAUGUAUUUCCGGGAGCAGUAUGGAACCGGGAGAAAGUUUUUGGAUGCGGCAGGGAAGCCCAGCGUCGUAGUUGCCAUCAAGGUAAUGGGAGAGGAAUAUGAGAAGCUUCCGGUGGGCGAGAAGAAGCGUUUCGAGGAUAUGGUCAAGAAAAACAAGGAAGAUUACGAUGCCGCUAUGGCAAAGUUGGAGAAGCAAAGGAAUGCCUCAACAGCCUGA